UCUUCAACAAUAUACCUGUGGGUUUACUCAAGAGCACCUGUUCUGGCUCGUCCAUAUUUUUUUCAUAGUCGUGUGAUAUUUAUCUUAGGUGUUAUGAUAUUUCGUUGAAUUCUACGGCCCGCCUAGAACCGCGACGACAGUCACAUCGGCCCGCCCUGAACCGCGACGACAGUUAGAUGUAGUAUAUAUUCAUUCGACAAAUAUCUCGUCUACAACGCUGCUCAUUUGAUUGCCAUGUCCCUUUACGAGAAAGACUGUUCCGAUGUGCCUCCUCCAAUAUCACUUUCGUUCCUUACGACGGUCAUUUCCUUCGUCCUGUUUUUCUUUAUAGUGCCCACAAACUUUCUCAUCUGCUGGGCGGUGUACAAGCAGCGACGAAAACUGCUGCGAAAUGCGUUUAACUGCUUGGUAGUCAAUUUGGCAUUUGCCGACCUCGUUGUUGGCCUUAUCGCACUGACGAUAUCUACCAAUGUUCACCUGCUGGAGGCAUUAACAAAUCAUCCUGACUUACCAGUUCUUGCAGUGGCUCACGUAUCGUAUUUCAUCUGCUGCUCGGCAUCAACUCUCAGUCUCACAGCAAUGGCUGUCGAUCGUUACAUCGCUGUGGCGCGUCCAGUUAUCUACAGGAACAAAAUUCGCCCAAGCCAUGCGCUCGCUGUAUCCGUUUGCGUUUGGAUUGUAUCCAUUUCCCUGCCGUCAGUGCUGUAUUUCGAAAUAGGAUUCAUUAAAUAUGCCUUUGUUUUUGCCAAUAUGGCAAUCUUUGCGACCGUAAUUAUAUUUUUCUUCUCGUACAUCUCCGUGUAUCACAAACUUCGUACACAGUUUCAGAUGUCGUCGCAUCUUCAUUCCGGCAUGAACUUUGAAAGCGCCAAUAAAAGGGCUCUUGAACAGGAAAAGCGCAUAGCGAAGACAUUCGUGCUCAUACUCGCUGCAUACCUCAUCUGUUAUACCCCUUCGUGCGUGAUUAUCUACACUUUGAACUUAUGCCACAGUUGCAGCUGCAUUACGAUUCAUUGGCUACGAGAUCUUCAGUAUGUUUUCAUCUGGCUAAACUCAAGCCUCAAUCCUUUUCUUUAUUCUUGGCAAAUUCCAGCCUUCAGAGAAGCUGUUUUAGACAGUAUGCCUCUUAAAAGAGGAAGAGGUUUGAACCAAGUUGCUCCUGGCCAGUCGUUAGAAAUGAUCGAGGACAAUUCAAUCCUUCGAGCGAGAGUAACUAUCUCUUAGAGGAGAAGGUCUCGAGCUUGUGCAUUGACUUUCUAAAUGCAAUUUCUGUUUUAUUUUAAAUAAUGAAAUUGUUCAGGAUCAAGAAAAAACAAACUUCUACGUUGAGAUGAAUCUUAUAAAAGACUGAAAAUUUGGCACUUUGCUAAGGAGAGACAUAAGUAUUAGAACUAUCAUUCAUGGCUGCAUGCUAUUUUUUGAUCAGUGACUUUUUUCUUUCAUUUCAUCUUCUUGAUAGUAAACGCGUGCAACGGAAAACCAAGUAACUGCCAGUUGAAUAUGGAAUUGAAUUAAUGAACGAGUGUUGGCUUCAAUUUUUAACCAACAGGACCUCUAAACAGUCGCGAUAAACAGAAUGCAACACAGUCAAGCUGUCUCAGUCCUGAGCCCGCCUCAAACUGAACUUGGAUCUCUGAGUUACAGGACAGCUAUUCCGCCGGAUAAAUGCAUGUCACUAUUACACCUGCCCAUAUGAAACAGUCAUGUCCCUUUUUCUCUAUAGGAACAAGUCUUGGUUAUAUGAUAGCUCUGUUUACCCAGGCAAAAGGCCAUUCCAAACUCGGUGUAGAUUUUUGGAAUAUUUCCUACUUUAUUAUUAUAGCAGAAAAAAGUGAUAUAUAAAGAAAUAAUGGGAAGACCAUCCGAUCCACAGCAUUUUCUUUCAAACUAAAUAAGUUUUAUUUAUCAACAUGAGUCAGAUAUGAUGAAAUUUUCAUCUAGAACAUUGUCACCGUAAACUAAGACAUGUAGAAAAUAUAAUAACAACGCAAAGUAUCUCUAAUUAAAUUUCAUAUCAGCUCGAUCAUGACUUGAUUAUUGAAGUAAAAGCUGUCAAAGAUGAUGAGAAUAAAGAAAACCUCAUUUUCAACUCCAAAAAAUGGAAAAGGUAACGCUUUAGUCGUUACGUACAAUUAACGCUGUUUGUUGUAAGGUCGUGAAAAACUCGAAGGUUACAGCUAAUAAAAUCUUUGUUCUACAGGUGUUACUACCAUUGUGGCUGUCGAUUUAAUUUUUUUUCCCGAAACCAAUCGGUCGGAUUUUUUGCGUUUACCUUGCCAUUGAUUUGGCAAGAACCCACGUCAUUAGCUAACAAGUCAAACUCGCAACGUUUAGGGCGACAACUUCCCUUAAACCUGUAAUUAAGACACACACGUAAAUGUCAAGUUUUGUACGAUAUAACAUGUAAUUUCCUCUGUUAUUGGAGCAGCUCUGAUAAGAUCAAUAUCGCCGGAUACUGACCAGCCCUAUUACACUUCAUUUUUGCGACACCUUAUUUUUGCGAUUUCCUCAAUACAGAAAUGUGUAAAAGAUGCCUUAGCUUGCUUUCGAAUAUCAAUGAAAACACAUAAAGUGAAUGGAUUUUGAACGAUAAUAAAAGCUCUUAAAAUAUCUGCUAUUUACUUAAUUUUCGCACGGGUAAAAGUUUACGACACACGCCUUUUUCAGUGAUAGAUUACAAAAAUCAUGAAGAUAAGGUGUCACAAAACUUAAGUAUAAAGAGGCACUUCGUGUUCAUCAACAAGCUAUCAUGUGACCAGCAGAAUGGUACGAAAAGCAUCUUUAAGAUCAUAGCUAUCAGAGAGGCGAAAGAAGUUCCCAGUACAUAUCUUCCUGAGUUCGUAUUCAUAGAUAUUACAAAUGGCUUUUAAAACCGACGUUGGUCGAGGCCACAGGACGAGACGUGACCUCAAGGCGUUUGACAUCGAUAAUUCGGGAAACUGUAAUUUGCACCGCAGCCUUCCUGUUUAACCACGCUUGUCAAUCAAAACUGAUAAAACGUAGCAUUCAAGCGAUCAACCUGCUCGUCUCCGAAAGAUAUUUAUAAAAAUUAUGAGAGACAAAAAGCACGCCUCUUAAAAAAAUUGCUCUCCUAGAAAACAGGCUCAACUUGUAAGCGAGAGGAAAGUUCUAGGCAGUAAUUGAUUGGGAACACCCUCAUACUCAAGGUCGUCUCUGAGUUUUUCUCAGGUACCGUUGAUUUAGCAUAAGAACUGAAGACGCAAUGUCAUAAUAUUUUCUGUGUAUAGCACUCUAUCCCAUGCAGGCCUGAAUUUUUUCCAGGCCUUAUUUUCACAGCUGCUCAAGUAGUGUUCAUUACUGCGAAGAUCGCUUUCAUAAUCACGUCUUUAUCCGCAGUUCACAUAUAUGAUUUUCUUAUAUUCACAAUCACUCUAUAUUCUAUCUUUUAAAUUGGAUCUACUUGAGUGGAACUAGUAUCAUAUCACUUUCCGGCAAGGUGCAUCCGA